AUGCCGUCAGGGACGCGUUUCGAAGGAGAUUUCUGGUGUGAGCCAUGCAACAAGAUCUUCAAGACUUGGGAAGACCUACACACUCACAAGCGCAUCAUGCGAGUCAACAGCAAAAAGCACAUCCACUGCAAGUUCUGCGGUGCAGAUUUCCAAACUCAAGAAGUGGAGGCUACGCACAUCAAGCAGUUUCGUCCCCAGGAGCAGAACCUUCACUGUUCAGGGUGUGGAAAGGGCCCCUUCGCUCGAGUUGGUGGCCUUGUAGCCCAUGUUCAGAAGGACUGCCCAUGCCUCAACAACAAGAUGAUUGAGAGUACCCGCGAGAAAAAGAUGGAGUUCUCAAACGCUCUUGUGGCAGCCACCAAAGAACCUCUCAAGAGCAACUAUGCAGACUACAUGCCAUCUGCAAGGCCCCAGGUACCUUCAACCACUAGCUGGGUUACUGAGAAUUCUGCUCGUCCUUUUGCGGCCGAGCAGAAGGAGUUUCCAACUCUUGCCGCCUCCAGCUCUGUUGCUCAGCUUCGCAACAAGGAGAACAUCAAACAGAACGACUGGAACAAAGGGAAGAAUCUGUUCCCACAGGCUCCUGCACCACAGCGACCUACCCAACAGCAACUUCAACAGGUCGCUACGCCCAACGCUCGGGCGGCUUACGAUCUCUUGAGCGCCCACAAUCCCGACCAUCCCGACUUCAACGUCGCUCGGUACAGCUGCCAGUUUACCGGCAAGUUCAACUGUCCCAUGGCAACUUGCAUGAAAACCUUCAAGUCGGGCCAAGCACUUCUGGGCCAUCUUCGAUCUGAGGCACACUCAAAGACCAAGUACCGCUGCCCCUACUGUCUCAACACUUUUGGCUCCCUGACCUCCAUCACUCAGCAUGCCGAGUCCAAUGGUAACAAGUGCAAGAUUCGUGAGACUGACAUCUACCGUGCCUACAUGGAUCAGCUGCUGGGUGGCAUGGUUGAUGUCAAGAACGAGCAACACGACGAUGGUACCGUCAAAUAUGAGGUGGCCAAGGACUUCAAGCCCCGACAGGAGCCAGUUCAGGAAGAACCCAAAGUCAACCCCAAGUCUUUCGGAAGAGAUCCGUACAAGCAUGAAGAUAUUCACUGGUAG